AUGUCUGAAAAUACAUCAACAAUUGAUGGUAUACAUGAAAUUGUGCGACCAAAAAUAAUAAAUGGUUUUACUAAAAAUCAAAUAGCUCAAACAAACGAGGAUGACAAUCAACAUAUUAGCUCAAUCAGUAUUGAAAUUGAACUGAACGGAGUUUUAAAAAAAUUGGAUUUAAAAUUAAACAGAAAUCUUAUUGCACAUGGCUUCAAGCAUGCUCGACAACACCAAGGAAAAUACCUCAGUGAAAUCCCUGAAAAUGAGGAACUUUGUCAUUACCAAGGACAAAUUCAAGGAACAAAAAAAUCUUGGGCAGCUAUUUCAACAUGUGAAGGACUCAGAGGUGUUAUAUUUGAUGGUGAAAAAAUGUAUCAUAUACAUCCAAAAACCGGAGUUCUAAAUGACGAUCAUUAUCUCUACAAACAUGAUGAUUUUAAAGCUAAUUAUACACGUGAAUUCAAUGAAACACAACGACACACGCGGCCAGCUAAAAAAUUUCGUCUUAAUAAACGAUCGACGGAUGAUGUGAUCAGAGGUCCUUUCAAUGUUAAUCAAGCGACUCGUUACGUUGAGUUAGUUUUUGUGAUAGAUAAAUCUGAAUAUAUUAAUUUAAAUAGUAAUUUAAUAAAUGUACAUCGUUACUGCAAAGAUUUGGCUAAUAUUAUGAACUCACUGUAUAGACCAUUUAAUAUUUUUAUUGCACUUGUUGGCAUUGAAGUGUGGACUGAAAAUGAUCGAAUAAAUAUGACAACUGAUAGUGAUGAAUUACUUAAAAGAUUUUUAAAGUAUAGAAUGAAAACAUUGGUCAAUUCAAUUCCAAAUGAUAAUGCUCAACUUUUAACAUCAGUUCAUUUUGACAACGGAAUUAUUGGUAAAGCAUACCGUGGAUUAAUAUGCAGUACUGAAAAUUCAGGAAGUGUUUCUGUUCAUCACUCGAGUGUUGUUGGACUUGUUGCAGCAACAUUGGCUCAUGAGCUUGCUCACAAUUUGGGAAUCGACCAUGACACUGAAGAUUGUUCUUGUCCUGAUGAGCUUUGUAUAAUGAAUCCAAUAUGCCAGAAUGACGUUAUUCCAAUUCAUUGGUCAGCUUGUUCAUUUAAAAAUUUGAGCCAUGCAUACAGGCAAGGUCUAGAUUACUGUCUUCGCAACAAACCAAAGAUGCUUUUUGACAGUCCAACUUGUGGUAAUGGAUUCGUUGAACGAGGUGAAGAAUGUGACUGUGGUCUUCCUGAAAAAUGUAACAAUCAUUGCUGCAAUGCAGCUCUUUGUAAGCUACAUCCAAAUGCAUCAUGUGCAACUGGUACCUGUUGUGAUGUAACAAGAUGCACAUUAAAAAAAAUUGAAACACCUUGUAGAUCACGUAAAGGUGAAUGUGAUUUACCAGAAUAUUGUGAUGGUAAAAGUGAAUAUUGUCCUCAAGAUGUAUUUAAAAUUGAUGGUGAAAAAUGUAAAUCUGGAAAAGCUUUUUGCCAUCAAGGAAAUUGUCAGUCACAUUCAGAUCAAUGCAGAAAACUAUGGGGUCCUUCUAUUUGUAUUUCAAAACUAAAUUGUUACGACAGAAAUACUCUAGGAUAUUGGGGUGGUAAUUGUGGAUAUGAUAUAUCAAAAAAUAUUUCUAAAAAAUGUGAAAAAGAUGAUGUCCUUUGUGGACGAUUGUAUUGUAAUGUUAAGCCUGGAAUAGAUCUUAAAUUGGGAAGCAGUAUGAUCUCUAAAAAAAUUGGUAUGCAGACAAAAUAUCGUGAUGAUUGUCAAGGAGUAGUAAUGGAUUUUGGACUGAAUAAUAUUGAUCCAGGUCUUGUACCAAAUGGUGCAAAAUGUGGUGAUAAUAAAAUGUGUGUUGAUCAAGUUUGUAUGCCAGUUGAAAAGGUCAAAGAAAAAUUUUAUAUUGAUAAUUCAUGUGCAAAUAAUUGUGGAGGUAAUGGAGUCUGUAAUAGUCUUGGUCACUGUCAUUGCAAUCGAGGAUUUUCACCACCAGAUUGUCAGAGUUUUGGCUAUGGUGGUUCUAUUGAUAGUGGAUUUUCAAAAUAUUAUAAUGAUACAUACAAAUUUGCAAAUUCAAAAUUCGAAACAUGUUCUGAUGAUUUAGUUGAUGCUGAAUCAAAAGUAAUUCUAAAUCUCAAGACUUAUCCAAAUGAAGAAAUUGCUAAACCAAACACUGAUGUUACAUUAGUUUGUCGAGAUGAAAGUCCUGUUCGUGCUGAUGUUCGUUGGAUUCGUGAUGGCAAUCUUCCACUUCCUUCCAACUCAGAAAACAAUGGUAAUCGUUUGGAUUUAUUUAGAGUUAAACCUGAACAUUCUGGAGUAUAUAUUUGCGAAGCAUUUCAGUAUCCAUUAUCAUUUCCUGGUCGAAAUGCCUCAGUGAUGUUGACUGUUAAAAAUAUUUAAUUUACUUAUUAUAAAAUAUUUCAAGUUUUCAAUUGAUAAUUUAUAAAUUAUAAAGAAACUUUUUUAAUAAACAAGCAAAUAAAAUA